CAGAUGGAAGAAGUUGAUGGCUUGCUGCUCGCCAGAAGUCGACGUGGAGCUGCUCUUCAGCAGCUGGUUGCAGGAUGGAGUGGCGGUCCUGAUGUCCAAAGACGAUGUGACGGGUCCCACAGAGGUGGCCGUGGCACCGCCUUUGGUUCACGAGGCUAAGGAGAAGCUGCAGCAGAACAACUUAAACGUUACGGUCGCAGCCGAGGAUGUCGAGCAGAUUUUAGAUGCAACUCGACUACCAACCAUUCGCGACCGGAAGAAGAAAAUCACCGAAGACUUCCUAGAGCUGAGUGAAGUGAGUACAGAGCUGAGUGAAGUGAGUACAGAGCUGAGUGAAGUGAGUACAGAGCUGAGUGAG